AUGAACCCCGUAGACGACUACAGGAAAUAUUGUGGAUCGAAACUUGUAUACGACGCAUCCAGUCACAGACGACCCGUCUUCCUUCAACGCAACCUUCGAAAAGUUCUUGAUCAUCAUGAGCACAAUCUGAACCUUCUCAAGCAUUCGUCAACAAACUCUACCUCGGAUUCGGCACCAGCAGACAUGCUUCCGAAGACGGAAAACUCACGCUUUCUUCCUAGCAUGAACAUGUUGUACAAUGCCCUCAAACCUGCCCGGCAAACACUCAAUGUUCAACCAAAACAAAUCAUCAAGACACGAAACUCUAAUGGUGAAAGGAUAGAGGCAUCGGAGGUUGCCAAGCCUGAAUCUGCGAAUCCAACGUGGCUUCCUACCCCUAACCAGAUCCGAAUAAGAUGCAAUGUGCAUUGCAGCGUCGUUGUCCAUCAUGCUGAGGAUGACAAACCCACUAGCGUUCUAUAUACCGACUCGCGACUGGCCCAACUGACUGAGACCAAAGAUGACAAAGGCGAAUCGGCUUUUUGCAUUGAAAUGAAACCUUUCGUGAUCAAAGAAAAUCAGUUGCUCACCACCCAAUUAGCAAACCACAAUACCAACGGAGGCAGGAGAUGGAGAACAGAGCGCCAUCCCCAGGCUGCACUCAUUAUGAGCAUCAGUUGCUUUAAUUCUGAAGAUGCCUCUCAGCUUCUUUCUGUGAUCGAUCCGUACACCAGCUCACAACCAAUCCUAUCGCCCAAACAAGCCGAGCUGAGAGCAUCUUGGAAAGACUUAUCGGGUUCAAUUCGCAGUCUAUCGCCCCUUCGACGAUAUCAGUAUGAGCCUGAGGACCAGUCGAAGCGUUCGCCUUCCAAAAGUGUGGACUUUUCUUUACGCGCAGGUAUCUCAUGGACCUCGGUCGUCAAUUCACGCGGUACUCCGCUAGCUAUGUGUAACCAUAUCAUUCGACUGCUCGAAAGCAAAAUUCAGCCCAGAGUACCAGAAGUACCAGAAAUGACGCGCCACACGCAGACCUGCCGCAUCACAUAUCUCUUCGAUGGAGGUCCAAUAGGAUCGAGAAGUAUCCUUCGUACCAAACUCAACUGCGUCUUCUGCCCGGACCGUCGACCUCAUCCAACGUUUGACAGACUUCAUUUUCAUUAUCUGAGCUUUCAUGACCAUUUCACCUUCAAGGUGCACAAGCCAGCAGCAACGGACUCUGAUUCAAUCAUCCGCACAGUGCGAAUUGAGCUUUCAGCUCCAAAGUACGAGCGAGCCAGCGACAAUGUGUGUGAUGAACGGGAGAUCAGUUGGAUCAAGCCAGACAUUCCAUUCGAUCUGCAGCAGUACCUCUCUGAAGGUGGACACAACACCUGGGCUAGCGGAAAACAGCUGGCACUCAAAGCGUUCCCUAAGACCGCCAAACCGGUCUGUAUGUCUAAAGGAAUUGCGCGACCAAACCCCAUCAAUGAAAUGUCAAGAUUGACGCCGAAUAAUCGCCAUUUAAGGGUGGGGCCACCUGAAGAGAUCCCUGAGGUACCAUCAAGAAAGAGGAAGAGAUAUGCGGUUCCUGAGAUCCCAGGCGUCGCUAUAUUUCGUGCAGAGUCUAAACGAGAGGUGGAGCCUGGGGAAGUGCUUAGCGAGAGCGAUGCUGAACCCGAUGAUUCAUGGCUUCGGACCAAGCAUAGGUUGGAGGGCUUUCCGCAGCUCACUGGUGCGGCCAGGGAAUUUGCGGUUUUGUUCGACGAACACUUGCAAGAUGAACCACGAAAUUUGGCGAACGUACAUGUUUGCGAAGCAGUUAUUCGAUUCGUACGGAAAUCUGCAGCACGGUUAAGGCAGCCGCAUCUAUUAAAAGAGCUCAAAUCCAAGCUUGGUGAGCUUAUGGAUAUGGACUUGAUCCCAGAAUCCUACGUUGACUACUGUCUCGCCUUAGUCGCGGAGGAAGGACAAGCUACUAUGAAUGGUACGGGUCAAGGACAUGUCACCAGCGGCCCGGUGGUCAAGAAAGAAGCUGUACCAUCAUCAACAGCUCAGAAAAGCCAUAACAGACUAGAUGUCAUUAUGAUUGACGACAGUGACACGGAGCCUGGCGCCGAGGUCUCUCCAGCGGUAGUCCCUCAGACGAACGGCAACGACGUGCACAUGCAGGAUGUCGCUCACCACGCACCAAAUGCUUGUGUAUGCGGCAAAGUGGCUUCUGGCUCGCGCAAGGUCAUCACUUGUCGGAACAUUCAUUGCCCACAUAAUGAGUUUCAUAUGGCUUGCGUAGGUCUCAGAGAGCGAAUACCCGAUUGGCGAUGCGAGGAUUGCAGACCAGCAGCAGACUAA